AUGACACGUAAGAUCUUUAAUACAAGGGAGCGGUGGAGACAGCAAAAUGUUAAUAGUGCAUUUGCUGAGCUGAGAAAACUAAUUCCUACCCAUCCACCUGACAAGAAGCUAAGCAAGAAUGAAACUUUAAGGCUGGCUAUGAGAUACAUCAAUUUUCUCAUUAACAUCUUGGCAGACCAAGGAAUAACAAAAGCUGGAGCAACCUCUCAAACAAAUAUUUGGGGGGUCUUUGAACCUGAGCCUCAGUUUUCAAAUAUAAAACAUUGGACAGUAAUAGACCAGAGCAGCGACCCUUCUCCUGGAACAAGCAGUGACACACAAGAGUGUUGGUCAUUAGAUCCUUCACCACAGCACUGA